UAUCAGUUUCAAAAAAUCUCUCCAAAACCCCUCAAAAACCCUUCAUCUGAUGCUCUCUCCAAGCUUCCCAAGCCUCACUAAAACCCCCUCCUGAUAAAACCCCACUUCCAAAACUACCCUUCCUAUCUUCCCAAAAAGACAAUUAUAUCCUCCCUCUCCCAUGGAACUCUCCUCCUCUUUCCUUCACCUCUCCAAAUCCUCCCCAUCUGACCUCUCCUUCUCCAUCUCUCUCUCCCCAUUUCCCCUUCAAAACCACCUCAAAAAACCCAUCUCAAAUCACCCCAUCUCGCCGAUUUCCGCCGUCUCUGUCCCCCCGCAAGAAACUUCCCAAAAUACCCCUCAGAGGCUGCUCAAAGAGCUCGCCGAGCGGAAAAAAACCGCCUUUCCGAAGAAAAAGAUUCCUCCCAAAAGAUUCAUCCUCAGACCACCUUUAGAUGAUGCCAAAUUGGCCCAGAGAUUCCUCAACAGCCCCCAAUUGUCGUUGAAAUCCUUCCCUCUAUUGAGCUCUUGCCUCCCGCCCGCCCGCCUCAACAAUGCUGAUCAGACAUGGAUCGACGAGUAUCUGCUCGAAGCGAAGCAGGCGCUGGGGUACCCGUUGGAACCCUCUGAUCGCUUUGAUGAUGAUAACCCGGCAAAGCAGUUUGAUACGUUGUUGUAUUUGGCAUUCCAGCAUCCAUCAUGUGACCGGACGAAUGCGCGGCACAUCCGGGCGGGGCAUUCAAGGCUGUGGUUUCUUGGGCAGUAUGUGCUGGAGCUAGCACUGGCGGAGUACUUCUUGCAGCGGUACCCGAGGGAGUCACCAGGGCCGAUGAGAGAGAGGGUUUAUGGAUUGAUUGGGAAGCGGUAUCUGCCGAAGUGGAUUAAAGCUGCAAGCUUGCAGAAUCUGGUUUUCCCGUAUGAUGAGAUGGAUAAGUUGAUAAGGAAGGAUCGGGAGCCCCCUGUGAAGUCUGUGUUCUGGGCUUUGUUUGGAGCAAUAUAUCUGUGCUUUGGCAUGCCCGAAGUAUAUCGCGUCCUCUUUGAGGCAUUCGGUAUGGAUCCGGAAGAUGAGGGCUGCCAGCCAAAAUUAAGGCGCCAACUUGAGGAUGUUGAUUAUGUUUCAGUAGAAUUUGAAGGCAAACAGCUCAGCUGGCAAGAUGUUGUGGCCUAUAAGCCUCCACAAGAUGCUCUUUUUGCGCACCCAAGGGUUUUUAGGGCAUGUGUGCCUCCAGGUAUGCAUCGGUUCCGAGGAAACAUUUGGGACUAUGAAAACAGGCCCCAAGUCAUGCAAGCAUUGGGUUAUCCGUUGCCAAUGACUGAUAGAAUCCCAGACAUAACUGAGGCCAGGAAUAUUGAACUUGGACUUGGGCUUCAGCUAUGUUUUUUGCACCCAUCCAAAUACAAGUUUGAGCAUCCUCGAUUUUGCUUUGAACGGUUGGAAUAUGUCGGCCAAAAGAUUCAGGAUCUAGUGAUGGCUGAGAGGUUGCUAAUGAAGCAUCUCGAUGCCCCUGGGCGAUUUUUGCAAGAGAAGCAUCGCCGCCUUCUGCUCAACAAGUUCUGUGGGCGAUACUUACGGGAGAAGUACCUCCACCGCUUCAUCAUCUAUGGCGAGCAGGUCCAGGACUCGUAUGAACACAACCGGAGGCUCAGGAACCCAUCGACGACUGCUGUGCAGCAAGCUAUCCAUGGGCUUGCUUAUACUGUUUACGGGAAACCCGAUGUGAGGCGCUUGAUGUUUGAGGUUUUUGAUGUCGAGCAGAUCCAGCCCAAAGCAGUGUAAAGGUUAGUGAUUUGUUGCAAGAAUCCAAUGCGUCAAAGGGUGAAUUAUAACAAUAUGCAAAUUUGCACGAUAUCCUUGGGUUUUUGGUUUGUACAAGUGGGGCCCACCUUUGCUAGUCAAGAUGGUUGAUCUGAUGGGCCCUAUUGUCAAGGGAGUAUGCCCCAAAAAUCUCCCAGACAAUGAUCCACACCAUCCCCCCUCUCCUCCUUUUGCCAUGUUUCUUAACGACUCACUGUGGAGAUUUUUGGGGCAUGGUCCAUCCACUGUGGCGGCCCAUCAGAUCAAUGGCCCGGCUUGCCUAAAUGUGGUCCUGUCCAAACUAAGAACCUGAGAAUACCUUUCAUAUCCUCUGGUUGAGAAUCAUAUGAAUCCCUUGUGACUUGUGAGCAUAUCUUUCUUCUCUCACUCUCAGUUCAGGUGCCGAAUGAGUUGUAUUCAUGCUAAAUCCGCAAUUUUAGUCCAAUUGUGGAUUUGGGUUCUGCGUAAAUCCAUGUAAUUGUGUUAUAAGCAUGUGAAUUUUUGAAUCAAAAGAUCUUUGAUGUAAUCUAGGAGAACAGAUGUAGUUGAUGAAAAUUGGACUUUGAUGUCUUGGGUUCAAGACUCAAUGAAGAUCUCCUUCAGGAAUA